CAUUUUUUUCUCCGAAAGGAAUAUUUCAUUUGUUCGAGAAACAUGAGCAGUCUCCGGCAGCUCAGCAUCAAAACUGAAGAUCAUGCUCCGCAGAAGUGGAGCGUGUCGUUGAAGGAAGAUGUGUUCAAGAGGUUCAUCUCUCAGGGCAGCCCAUUUGUGGUUAGGAUCUUCGGGGAGGGGUCGUUAUUUAGUCCUUUGUUGUUCGGGAAAUUCUUUGAUCCAUCUGAUGCGUUCCCCUUGUGGGAGUUUGAGUCAGGCAUACUGUUAUUGAGUCUCCGGAGCAGCGGGAAGACCAGCGUUGAUUGGUUUCAGUCAGACCAUGAGUAUGUACUAAAAGCGGAAAUCCCAGGAGCAUGGGAAAACAACGUUCAAGUUUAUGUCGACAACGGGAAGGUAGUCGAGAUAACCGGGCAGUGGAGGCAGCAUAGAGAGCUGAACGUCAAGGAUUGGAGGUGUGGGAACUGGUGGGAAUACGGGUAUGUGCGGAGGCUUGAGCUGCCGGAAGAUGCAGACUGGAAAAAUAUCGAGGCGAGGCUGAACAGCGAGAAGAACAUAGAACUCAGGAUUCCAAAGAAAGGUCCAUCAUGCGAGGAAAAAAAUGGAAGCUCAAACGGGACAGGGAACGGAACUAAGAGGGAAGUCGCUGCAAUCAAGUGCUCUUGAUUGCUAAAAUAUGCUGCAAUCAAGUUUUUGUUAAGUUCAUAUCGACUUCGACAUCGUGUGGUGGUCAACGUUUAAAGACCGUUCAUGAAUGGAUGGACUCUAGCAGCUGAGAGUUGUUCUGUGGAAAACUACGCAAGAAACUGCAUACCGAAACAAACCCCAACUGGGGAUGUCAUGUUACAUAUAAAUGAUCUUGUCCUGAUCAGACCCGAAAACAUAUCACGAGUCUAUGCCAUUCUGUUCA